AUGGAUAUGACGGAAGAAGAAGCGAUAAAAUAUCGAACACACCUUGGAAUUUGAAGUGAGCUGUCAAAAAGCAAUCCGUCAUACGACGUAUUCUAUGGGUCACCCCUUUCUGUCCCAUCCUUCAACUUCAACGGAUGGAUUGACGGAACGGACGCAACGGAUUCUAUGGGUUGGGGCCUAUAGAUAUUAGAUGCCGGUUUAAGCGAUGACAUUGAAAAAAUAUUAGAAGAAUUUCGAGUUAGAAUGUGUCAUCCUAUUCCACAAUGGAAUUUACCAGCCUUGGACCCUUUCGAAAUAAAAAAUGAAGAAAUACAAAUGGAUAAUAAUAUUUUCAAAAAUUUUACAGCUUCCGUUAAAGAUUUUAAAGCGACUGGACUAUCGAAUUUCAAAAUCAAUGAAAUCAAAAUCAAAACUCUUUCUCAGAAAUUUACUUUGAAUUUGACUUUCCCGCUUGAAGAAGUGCAAUCGAAAUAUAAAGCAAAGGGCUCUCUUGGAUAUGUUGUUAAUUUAGUGGGAGAUGAUAAUAUGACUGGUCAUCUUAAAGAAGUUAACAUUGUUGUAACUGGUGGUAUUAAGAUUGGACUUAAAUUUGGUAUAAAAAAUCUUAAUAUCAAGUUCGGUAUUGGAGAAUUAUUUGUGGAUAUGGGUAAAUUAAUGGAACAUGACAGGGUCAACAACUUUAUUCAUAAUCUCAUUAAUGAUCUAACGAUUGAAUUGCUUGGAGAUUUUUGGGAGGACUAUGGUCAACCUUUGACCAAGAAAAUAGAAAAUAUGAUGAACAAGAAAAUGGCAAGUUAUGCUUUGAAAGACAUAAUUGGAAUAAUUUCUGGAACAGGGCAGCCAAUUUUUGGUGAUAGUCCACCAGGGGAUUGUAAAAACAAUGUUCAACUGGACUAGAUGUGAUACAGAGAAAGCAAUUGUUGAUUUUAUCUUCCUUUUUCUAAAAAUUUAACGCUUUUUAUUUUAAAAUAAAAUAAAAAAUUAAGUAAAAACUUA